GGCUCGGGGGCGAUCUAGGGCGGAGCCUAGGCGGAGCGGGAGCUGUAGUUCUCCGCUGAGCGUCGCUUUGCCUUCGGGGCUGAGGUCGGCUCGGGUGAGGCCGUCGUCCCGGAAGUGGCUGUGGUUGUGGGCUCCGGGUGUAUUUGGGAUCCUGCGGCGGAGUUGUUAAGGCGGUCCGGUAUCAUUCUGCCCCCUCCACCUUCCCUGCAGCAGACAUGGCGAAAGGCAGAGUCGCCGGACGAUCGCAAAUGGGCGCCCUGCAUUCGGCUGCUGUGGGGGACAGGGCAGCGGGGACACGGGGUCCCACGGCGCCGGGCAGCGGAGACCACCUGAAGGAAAAAGCCUGUGCAGAAGCUGGGUCAGCAAGAAUGUCACUUCUUAUAUUAGUGUCCAUUUUCUUAUCUGCAGCUUUUGUCAUGUUUUUGGUAUAUAAAAAUUUUCCUCAGCUUAGUGAAGAAGAAAGAGUGAAUAUGAAGGUUCCCAGAGAUAUGGAUGAUGCCAAGGCUCUAGGAAAAGUUUUAUCCAAAUAUAAGGACACCUUUUAUGUACAAGUACUUGUAGCUUAUUUUGCUACAUAUAUUUUCUUGCAAACAUUUGCUAUUCCUGGCUCUAUAUUUCUCAGUAUACUCUCAGGGUUUCUUUAUCCCUUUCCAUUAGCCUUAUUUCUUGUUUGUUUGUGUUCUGGACUUGGUGCCUCAUUCUGCUAUAUGCUCUCCUAUUUAGUUGGGAGGCCAGUUGUGUACAAAUACCUAACAGACAAAGCAGUAAAAUGGUCACAGCAGGUUGAACGACAUAGAGAACAUCUUAUUAACUACAUUAUAUUUUUGAGAAUAACGCCAUUUCUGCCUAAUUGGUUUAUUAAUAUUACAUCCCCUGUGAUAAAUGUGCCAUUGAAAGUCUUUUUUAUUGGCACUUUUCUAGGUGUCGCACCUCCAUCUUUUGUAGCAAUUAAGGCAGGAACAACUCUGUACCAGCUUACAACAGCAGGAGAAGCUGUUUCUUGGAACUCAGUAUUUGUUCUAAUGAUUUUGGCUCUUCUUUCUAUUCUACCAGCCAUUUUCCAAAAAAAACUAAAGCAGAAAUUUGAGUGAAAAAUAAGUUGGGUUUUAGUUUUACUAUCCUUAUCAUCUCAGGAUUGGCAGGUUUAUGUGUUAAAAUGACGUCUUCAGUAAUUGAAACAAAGAAUUUGUAAAAUAAAAUUUCCUAUGAGACAGUCAAAAUAAGGCACUUAAGUGGCAAGGGAGAGAAGAAAGUAAAAGUGGAAAUUGAUAAACAGUGAAAAGUGCUGUCAGUUGUUACGAUAGACAUCUAAAUUACUAUUCUAAGAGUAUCAAUAGGUAACUAGUAGCAGCAUAGUAGGAAAUUCUUGAACCAGUUGAUUCUCUCAAUUUAAUCUAUUUCAUAAACUGGCUAUAUACAUACUUACCCUUGACUUGAUAAUUGAAUAUUUUUCUCUCUUUUCCUUUACUAAUAACUAAAAUAGAAAAAGCAAAUUUAAAAUACAAAAGCAAAGAUUCUAAGUUUUUAAAAAUAGUAUUGCAGUUCUGGCUAAUGUUAGCCUUCUUUCAGAGCAUAAACUUGAAAACUAACGCCCAAAAGAGAUUUACAUUUUCUUCCUCUUUAUCUUUGAGGUAGUGGGAUUUAUUUAAAAGUUGCAUCUUAUUGGACUCCUAAACUUAGAAGGGAUAUCAAGUUACAUCUGCUUUGUGAAUUUUAUGUUUUUUUCUCUUCUAGAAUAUCAUGGAUUAUUCUGAAAUGUGAAAUUCUGACCAAUUUAUUUUCAUCUUUUUAGCUAGCUUUCCCAAUAUUUCCACUGUGCAUAUACAAAAUGGCAAUUACAUGAUAAUUAUAUCAUAUUAGUGUUGAUAAUUUUUUUUCAGUUAAUAUUUUGUUACACAGUUUCUCUUUACUAGCAAAUCUCAAAAGGGGGUCAAAACAAACAUUCAAAAUAUUCAUUUUUUAGAUGUUAGAUUAAUUAUAUUUAUAUUUUGAAACAGAAGCAGUAGUAGCUCAACACAUUUAAGUGGUUAAAUAUAGUUUAUUUGUUCCAAUGACUGUAAAAUUUACCUCAUUUAUUUAUUAGUCUGGUCAUUAAAGUAUAUAUUAUAUAAUCGUUUUUAUGCAUGAUACACUUAAAAGAAUACUUUGUUCAUUUCUUUUGAUGGCUUUUUUGGGACUGCUUUUGAUUAAUGCAGUUUCCAAUUUAGUGUUUUUACUUUUUAUAAAACCUACAAAUAAAAUGAACUUCUCACAUGGUAACUACUAUAUUUAAAUAGUCCUGGAAAAAUAUUUGAACAGCUUUUUGCUGCUUACUUAUUGUUAAUAUCCUUGAUUCCAGGACAUAGUUGAUCUAAAGUAAAGUACUCUUGCCUGUUUUACCUUCACCCAAGACUGUCAUGUUGAAAAGUACUUUUAGCUAUGGGAGAAGUCUGUAUGUUUUUGGUGUGAGAGGCAUGGUCAUCCUCAAAGCCUGUUUCUACUACAUAAUGUGGACUGAUUAUUUUUUCUAUCACAGUAUUAACAAAUGAAUUUAUUGUAAAUACAAAGAAAAUAUAUAAUUAAUAUACUAUUCUUAUGUCACUUGGCCUUUUGUGUGAAAUUAUUUGUUGUCAUUUUUAGCAAGGUUUUCUUCCUUCUUGACCAGGGACUGAGUAAUAAAGCUUUUGUUAUUUUUAUAAAUGAACUUAAAACAUAGCCUUUUUGGACAAAAUUCACUAAAUAUUACUGUAUAAAAUGUAGUUGAGUAAAUUUUUAUCAGACUUUUAAAAAUAAAAGUAUCAACUUGGACUCAG